GUGGUCAAAAGUUCUUAGCCCUUGUUGUUGUUUUAACAAAAACUAUUAUUAUUUUGAAAACAAUUAGAGAAAUUAUUCAAUCUAUUUAUUAAACCCCAUGGCUUCUUUUUUAAUGUUAAAGUCAAGAUCAUUUGUAGACGCUAUGGAAAAAAGUAUGACAAAUAUAUUACAAUCUGUAUCAGAAGAUUCAACACUUUCUGACGUGUGUCGAAUAUGUAACCAAGGAAAUGCUAAUAUUCCUAUUUUUGAUGAUACAAGUCAUAUAAAUAUUUCCAAAGAAGUUAUGCACAUCACAGGAGUUUUUAUGCAUAAAAUUGACAAAUAUUCAAAAUAUAUCUGUGAAAAUUGCUUCAAUCUACUUAAAGGAUCAAUAUUCUUUCGGGAGCUAUGUCUCAGAAACAACCAAAACUGUUUAAAAAGGCUAUCAAACCGGAAAGAACUUAUUAUGAAAACUGAUCAGGAGCAGGUGUUUGAACAGGAAACACAACCAAAUCACUCUGAUGAUGAAGUAGAUACAUGGCUUUGUUCCUCUUGCAAUAAAGAAUUUUUAGACAUGAUUUCAUAUGACAUACACUGUACAGAAUGCAAUAAAAAUUAUGAAAAUGCAGAAUUAGAUUUUAAGGUAGAGAAAAAUGAGAGAGCAUUAUGUGAAGUCUGUGGCAAAACUAUAGCUUGUGUUGGACAACUAACGCUUCAUUUAAAAAGCCAUAGCAAUAGUUUUCCAUACCUAUGUGACACUUGUCCAUACAGAGGUAGAACAGUGGAACUAUUAAAAGUGCAUAAAAGAAUUCAUUUAAAAGUCAAACCUUUUAAGUGUACUCAAUGCCCUCAAAGAACUACCACACAUGGAAACUUAAAAAAGCAUAUGGAUCGUCGGCACAGCAGUAUUCAAUACAAGUGUCCUUAUUGUGAGAAGAUAACAUCGUCGAAGCAUGACCUUACAAAACACAUCGAAGAUAUGCAUUUAAAUCAAGAGCCUUUCCCAUGUGAUAUUUGUUGUAAAACUUUUAAAAUAAGACAUUAUUUACGCAAGCACCUUAGAAAAGUUCACAAAAUAAAAACGGGACACCCAAGAGGUCGUGUACCAGAUUACUUGCGCUACCAAAAUGAAGAAAGAAAUAAAGAUGUGGUUAACGCGGAUGUCAUGUAAUAAGUAAAUUUGACUGAAUGUGAACAGAACU